CCUACGUGGGCAUUGAAUAUGAUCCAUAUAUUCCUUCACCGAAUAGUGUAUGACAGUUCUAGUUGCGGUACAUCUUCUGAUUUGUAGAAAAUAUUGAUUGAGCUGUGCCAGAUUGAGGUUCAGUAGCUAUGGCGGCGAAGGUGGUUUUGUUUUUUAUUGAGAUUGUGGCAUUGCUGGCUUGUGGGUAUGGAGAAGAUUAUGUAUCAGUAUUAGGGGACCCUGGUAUGAAGAACAAAAGAGUGAGGGUGGCUCUUGAAGGAUGGAACCAGUGCAAUGAAGUGGGUGCAGAAGCUCCUGGCAUGGGCAGCCCCAGAUAUGCAGAUUGCUCUGAUUUUGAGUGCCCUUCUGUAGCAGAUGCUAAUAAGGGAAGAUGGAGCGGAUGUAAUGUGAAUCAUAGAGUCAAAGCAUCAGACAAUAUAUUGAGUGCAGGCGAUCCAUUUCCCAAUUCAGCCAUCCAAGCUUCCGAAAAUCCAGAUCAGUAUGCAGUAGAGAAGGAACUAUAUCUGGGAUCCUUAUGCCAAGUUGAUAGUGGAUCAAAUCCAUGGCAGUUUUGGAUGAUCAUGUUGAAAAAUGGAAACUUUGAUGUCAAUUCAACACUGUGCCCAAACAAUGGUAAACCAGAGAACCCUAUUAGAACAAAUAGAACUUUCCCCUGUUUCGGUAAGGGCUGCAUGAAUCAACCCAUUGUGCACCAUACUUGGUCAGAAAUCAAAUCAGGAAACGGUCUAACAGGCAGCUUUUAUGGAACAUAUGACUUGGAUGCUAAUCUUACGGAAGGAAUAGACAAUAUCUCUUAUUACUCUGUAGUAUGGGAAAAGAACCCUGCAACUGGAAGCUGGGUAUUUUCUCAUAAACUGAAGACUUCUAAGAAAUACCCAUGGUUAAUGUUGUAUCUGCGUGCCGAUACUACUCGUGGGUACUCUGGAGGGUACCAUUAUGAAACUCGUGGAAUGAUGAAGCAGCUUCCAGAGUCACCAAAUUUCAAGGUUCGCUUAACACUUGAUGUACAAAAAGGAGGAGGUCCAAGCAGCCAGUUUUAUCUGGUUGACAUUGGGAGCUGCUGGAAAAAUGAUGGAAGACCAUGUGAUGGAGAUGUUGAAACAGAUGUCACUAGAUAUACUGAAAUGAUCAUCAAUCCAAGUACUACAAAUGUCUGCUCCCCACAAGUACUUUCUCUAUGCCCUCCUUACCACAUCACUGCUUCAGGAACCAAGAUCUACAGAAAUGAUACUGAGCACUUCCCAUAUACUGCAUAUCACUUACACUGCUCCCCAGGAAAUGCAAAAUAUCUGGAGGAACCCUUCAACCUCUGUGAUCCCUACAGCAAUCCUCAGGCACAGGAAAUAAUGCAGCUUUUACCCCACCCAGAAUGGGCAGUGCAUGGUUAUCCUUCCAAGAAAGGAGAAGGAUGGAUUGGAGAUAGUAGAACAUGGGAGCUUGAUGUGGGGGGCCUCUCUGAUAGAUUGUACUUCUAUCAAGAUCCAGGAACAAAACCAGCUAGGAGAUUGUGGACAUCUGUUGAUGUUGGAACAGAAAUAUAUAUAAGUAACACAGAUGAAAUUGCAGAGUGGACUCUCAGUGACUUUGACGUUCUUGUACCAGUUGAAGACACUGCCUAAGCCACCGCCCAUUUUUGUUUCAGGAAAGGCCACCCAGUAGCAAUUCUAGGAAAUGGGGUAAUUCAAUUUUUUUAAUUGGAUUACUACACUCAUAUUAGGGGGUUUCCUUAAAGCUUGUCACUGCCCUUGAAAAGGGUAGCUUGGCAAUUCCUUUUUCCUUAAAAGGUCCUCACUCAAUUUGGUUUGUAGGGUUAUACCUAAUAAGUAUCAUUUUUCCUGUCCUAUUGAAUUUUGAAUCGGCAUUUUUUCAGUUCUUAA